CUCACAGACAGUCCAGUAAAAGCGAUGCUAUGUCACGCGUUACGUGUCAAGGGGCUUUUCAGGAGGCGACAAGACGUUUAAAUCGCAUCAUCAGACUGCAAACUGGUUCUCUGACUAACAGCGGCAGAGGAUGUUUAAAAAAGCAACAAAGAAGCUGGUCCAACAGAUAGAUCCUAAGGGUGCUCUGAUUCCAGCUUCCAGCCUAAAUGAUACCAAAAAACUCGAACUGCUUGCAGUGAUGCGGAAAACCCAGAAACGCUGGUUCUGGCAGAACACUAAAUACAAACCCACAGGAUUUAAACUCAAUGACCUGCUGGAAGGGGAUCCAAUUAGCCCAGUGCAUGAGGAGGUAGACUUCGUAAAGUUUGAAGCAGAGUACAGAAAUUGUGCAGCUGGGUCUGUUGAGGUGGGAGUUCAUGCUAUCUGCCUAAAUCCGAAUGGACAGGGCACAUCGAGACUUUCUUUAUCCCUCGGGGCACUUAAGAAGGAAGAUGUGGAUAUUCCCAAUCUUGAGAAUCUCAUUAAUGGAAGGAAGUUGGACCUCACAAAGCCUUUUUUCAAGCAAUCCCUGAAAAAAAACAAGGCUUUUACCCUCCUUAAAGAGCGAAUUUUAACAACCUGUGAAUGCUCUAUCUGUUUCAUCGAACUGGAGAAGGCCAGCUGCAAAGCUAUGUUCAGUUGUUCUGAGAUAUACAUGAAAGGCAGCGGUAAACUUCAAUAUGACUCCAAGACUGCAUUACGCAUCCCACCGCGGACUGUGAUGGCUUACAGUGUCAUUAAAAUGACCGUCGAAAGUGACGGCUACAUUGAUUUGUCCAGUGGGUUGGAAUCCGAUGACAUUUCCCAGAAUACCUUUCCCAAUUUCUCAGAGGUGGAUGGUCAAUGGCCUCAGAUGCAGGAAGGUCUCCCACUUACUACUCUAAAAAAGGCACUUGCAGAUGUUCAUACUAGAUUUUGCGCACUGGCUGACAUGUCUGCUGAAAGCCGUUCCCCCUUCCUGCUCCUGUUGAAGGAAAAUCUGACAGACCGAUCUGUCUUGUCAGCAUUGGUGGAUAGACUUGAACAGCUGUUAAGCAGCUGUGAAGCUCCGUGCUUCUCACCCAACGAGUUGUCUGAAAAUCAGAGGAAGAUCGUUGAUGCAUUUACUGACUUACUGAUGCAUAAACAGCUUGAAAAGAGUGAACCUUCCGCAUCAACGUCAUUGGCCAGUUAUAACGGAUGUCCGAUAUCAACAUCCAAUCACAGUGAUUCUCCCUUGACAUCUGAGUUAAAUGGAUCAAGCUCCAGAACAGACGAACAGAAUGGAUGUCAUGCGUCUGUAUCCCGUCAGAACGGAUGCUCAACAAAAGCAAGCAGGCAGAGCAUGGAGCUCACAUACGUCAUGCAAAUGCUGAUCAACGCUCUAGAAGAGCUGACAGACGAAGGACUGCAACUGCUAAAGCCGUUCUGUACUUCUGAAGGCCUCCAAAGUCUACAGAAUUUAGUAAUGCAUCUGACUACUUCUGAUAUGCCUCUAUGUGAGAACACCAGGCUUGUUUUCCUCCAAACUGAAAGUGAAUUCCACAGAGUGGAGCAACUUUUUAAGUCAUGCAAUGUUUUGCUUAGCAAAGAGAAUGACACGUUGACCUCAGAAAUUACGUGUAAGGAGGAAUUCCUCCCAGUGGUUCUCUGCAUUGCUAUCCAUGGCCUUGCAUCUUUGGUUUCUGCGUGACAGUGUCAGUGCUUUUACUGAUGGCUGAAAUAGGCUAUUAAAACGAACCCUGAGUAUUAAGACUUUUAUGGCUUAAUAUAAAGUAAAUGUUUUUUUUUUGUUUGUUUUUUUUUUAAUCCGCAUUGUUUUAUGCAUAUUAUGGACUAUGGGGGGCACCAUUAUUUUGAUGUCAAACAGUUGUCCUCUUUGAGCUACUGGUGCUACCUGUUGUUAUUUUUACCACAACACAAAAAAGAAAAAUACUGAUACAAUGCCACAUUGUGCAGCUUUAGGUUGUAAUUUUCAGUCGAAUGGCAAUAAGAGAAGCAAUGUAACUCUUACCUGCUUUCCUACCAAUAAGAAGAGGAGAAAAGAAAGGGAAAAUGCCUGUGAACGAGUGAAACUUCCCACGUUUUUGUUCUCUCCACUUUAGCCCCGAUGCCUUUGAGGCUUACAAAUGGCAGAGACAAGAAACGUUAGAUGCCAUCCUGGCAGGAUGUAAACAUGCUAAUGCUAGUUGUGACAGCGCAGCCACUGAAGGAGUUUCUCAGUGCAGAGUUCACUCGAUAUCUGGCGGCGUUUAAACUCCUAAUGGGGAAAAAUCUAUGGUACGGCAUUUGGUUUAAGCCUACGCUUAUAUCCAUCACCACCUGUUGUAAGUGCUUUCAGUAGCUGUGAUCAUCAUAUCAGUAUUUUAUCUUCUGAGUUGUACAAAUGGCAACAGGUAGCACCAGUAGCUCAACGAGUGCAGCCAUUUCAUUUCAUCAAAAUAACAGCGCCCCCCAUAGUCCAAAAUAUGUAUAAAACAAUGUGGAUUUUUUCAUGGUUUUUCUACUACAUAUUUCAGUAAGAGACAUCGUUUAUGUUAUAUUAAGCCAUACAAGUCUUAAUAACCAGGAUUUCCUUUAAAGUGUAAAGUCUUUUUACAAAUGUCUUCCCAGUUACAAAAACAUAUUAAUCCAGAAAUUACUCACUUCAAUAUUAAUGUUCCUAUGUGUGUUAAUUCCAUAAUAGUAACCCGUAAAAAUCUGCAAAAAAAGUUAUAUUUAUACACUACCUUUAUUUUGCAGAAAUUUUAGCUAUUUUCCAAAACAGCUUUUAUUUCAUUACAGUGAAUUUGUAGUAAAAGCCUAAUUUAAAAACUUUAAUGAAGACAAUUUAUUUUGUUCUCUGAAAUCAGUUUUAGUUUUUCAUAGAUAUAAUUUAUUGUUAUAAAUGCCAGUAUUAAUUCAGUAUAUUUGCCAUAUCUUUGUAUCUUUUUUUAUUGUAAUAUUUUUGAAAAUACCAUUUUUUGUUGUUGUUAAUGUAAACGUAUAAUUUUGGCAUUUCAGAUUUUCCAAUAAUAAUAUACUGAUUGCUGCAAUAAUUUUUUACUUGUAGAAUAUAUGUUAUGCAAAUGCAUUUAUUGUUCAUUUAUUCUUUUCACAUAAGGAGUGAAUGCAGCUAUUUUCUUCAAAAGCUUCAGCGUGACUGCAUCAUGCACUUUUAUAAUUAUUAAAUGAAAAAGAGGAACACAGAAUAACAAUAGUCGGUCUGU